UUGCAUUUCUAUGUUCUGUGUACUGUGGGAGACCAUAUAUAGUGAAUGCAGGGUCCAGGGAGAGCAGAUAUAGUGAAUGCUGGGUCCGGGGAGACCAGAUAUAGUGAAUGCAGGGUCCGGGGAGACCAUAUAUAGUGAAUGCAAGGUCCUGGGAGACCAGAUAUAGUGAAUGCAGGGUCCGGGGAGACCAGAUAUAGUGAAUGCAGGGGUCCAGGGAGAGCAGAUAUAGUGAAUGCAGGGUCCGGGGAGACCGGAUAUAGUGAAUUCAGGGUCCGGGAGACCAGAUAUAGUGAAUGCAGGGUCCUGGGAGACCGGAUAUAGUGAAUUCAGGGUCCGGGGAGACCAGAUAUAGUGAAUGCAGGGUCCAGGGAGAGCAGAUAUAGUGAAUGCCGGGUCCGGGGAGA